AAGAAAAAAAAUCCAAACCCGGCCCUCAGAAUUGUCCAGUCGCACUCAUCAUCUCGUGCAUAUAAAGGAGUCACCGAUUAAUCAAACGGUUUUGCUAUAUAUCUAAGUUUCCAUCGGGUUCUUCUCUUCUCCUCCUCGCAUUCGCCAGCAGCUAGCUAUCUCCGCGCGCCUGAAUUUUCCACAAAUCGGAAGCAAGCAAAGCGCCACGUCCCGCAGUCCACGCCACCGCGUGCUAAGCUCUCGUCCUGAUCCGUCCGUCGUCACGAGCGCCAAGCAAGCCCAACACUCCGUCAACCCCCGCUCCGCCCGGCAAGCUACUCCAGCUUAUAGACCAGACCGACAGAUCGAGAGAGCUCUCAUCUCAGUAAUUCUCCAGCCUCCGGACUCUGGAGCGAGAGCCUCAGCACAGCCAUGGGGUGCGCCUUCUCGGCGGCGGCGGCGUCCUCGAGCGCGCUGCGGCCGCACGCGGGGGUGCGGGUGAUCCACACCAACGGCUACGUGCAGGACUUCGCCGCCGACGGCCCCGCCGUCACCGUCGCGCGCGCCACCGCCUCCCUCGCUUCUUCUUCUUCCUCUUCUUCCUCGAGAUACGUGCUGUGCUCGUCGGCCCACCUGCUGCAGCCGGGCCGGGCCCCGUUCCGGCCCGACGAGGCGCUGCAGCCGGGCACCGUCUACUUCCUGCUCCCGCACUCCGUCUUCCAGGCCGAGUCCUCCGCCGUCGACCUCGCCUGCCUCAUGAACCGCCUCACGGCGCUCGCCCGCAAGUCCGGCGGUCACGGGGGAUCCCCGUGCCCCGUCGACGCGCUCUUCGCUGCUGAUCGGGCCCCGGAGGAGGACCCCCGAGUAACGGCGAAGCCGGCUGGCAGCAAGUUCUGCUCGGCCGGGGCGUCGCCGGCGCCGUGGAAGCCCCGCCUCGACCGGAUCGACGAGUCCGUACGGAGCGCCUCCACCUGCAGCGCCCGCAGCCAAGACUAGAUUUCUUUUCUUUUCUUUUCUUUUCUUUUUUGUUCUUGUAAUCUUCUUCUUGUUCUUGUUCUUUUUCUGCUUGUAAUUUAUAGUAGUAUUUGUAUGUAGGCUGUACCAUCGACAAUUGUAGUGUUUUCUGUUAGUACCGUGAAAGAAUAGAUAGUACCGCUUGUCCUGCUUUCUUUUCUGUUCAUGAUGUUAGA